CUGGCCGCAGGAAAAAUAUAUUACACUGACCACCCGGGCCACUUGAUUUCGGACUCAGACUCUCAUGAGUUCUGUUUCUACUGGUAAAUAAAUGAACAACUUCAAAAGUGGAUUGGACUUUCCGUUGAUCAGUGAUCCUCUCGACUCGGGUACUUUCUCGAAACGAUGUCGAAAAAGCCAUCUAGAAUUCCCGAUAAGAAUUGGGAAAAGCACAAGCAAGAAAUAAUUACCCUUUAUCUAGAGUCUGGAUCAACUCUAGAGCGGACAAUGAACUGCGUGUUCAUUAAUCAUGGUUUUCAAGCAAGCAAGAACCAGUACACAAGGAAGCUCAAGGACUGGAGAAUCGCAAAAAAUUCGAAAUCUAGCAUUUGGAAGUACGCGGAUAGGAAACUGAGGAGUCGAGCACGAGAAGGCAAAAAGAGCAAUAUAUUGCUCCAUGGAACACUGCAACCACGGAGCAAGGUCCAGAAAGAAAUUGCGCGCCAUGUCACCUUCACCAGCACGUUCGAAAGCAUGGAGGAUGCAUCUACUCCUGAGGGUAUCACCAUUUUUACUCCACCCGCCGAUAACUUUGCUUUGAGCCAUCGUGAGGUCUACAUCGGUAACUUGCCAUCGGUGCAGUUCAAGGAGAGAGUCCAAACUUUCAUACAACAUAUGUUACGUGAAACGUUCCCGCUUCAUAAUGCCGGACGCGCAAGGGGUGCCGAGCUGUAUGCCCGACACGCAAUUCGCGUUCUUGACAGAAUAGGAAAGACUUGGAGUCAAUCAUAUGACCUUGAUUGCUUGCGGACAAUAAGACACCAAAUCUCGACACUUCGAAAAAGCCCCGACAUUCUCCGAGGAAAUGCGCUGUCAUAUGUACGGUCUGAUACGGCGGAUGGAAACGAUCAAUUUUUCUUCCACUAUGUACUUCCAGAGGCCCUGGAACAUAAAGAGGCCUAUUCGAACAGUGUGUGUGAUAAUUCGGGAAUCAUGCCUCCGAUUUCGACUGUGAGACGCUUGAUAAACUGUUUUAUUAUCAUGCUUAUCAAUAAUCUACUCAUCCACCAGCCAAUAUCUUCGUUCUUUGGAGGACUGACGACGGAACAAUUAGCUAGGGUCUGCUCACCGACACCACCCUUUCUCAAGAUAUUGUUGAGAAAGCUAUUCCUCGAGGCUGUUUAUUCAGGAGACACUUCACUUGCUGGGAAAAUUAUGGAACAUGGAGUUCACCCUGACACAUUCGUAUGGAGUCCACUCUGUGCAGCAGUUCGUAAUGAUGACCUGGCAAUGGUUGAAUUGUUGUGUAAAGCAGGAGCGAGGCCUCAGAUUGCCAAACCGAAUGGCUGGAAUCGGGUUCGGACCCUAAUGAAUCGAGAAAGAACUCCAGUGUUACGUACACUUCUCGCCUGUGGAGCGGAUCCUGAACGCUUUAUCAUGGAUGUAGAGCCUGGGUACCCUCUACUUUUUGCCGCAUCAAUGGGCAAUCUUGAGGCUGUGGCUCUUCUCUUAAGGAAAGGAGCUAGGGUGAAUGUUUACCUACCAAAGUAUUACGGGACUGCUCUACAGGCAGCUACUGUCUGUGAUGAUUUAGAGUUGGUGAAGGCUCUCAUUGAAGCGGGUGCCGACGUUAAUGCCCCUAAUGGUGCCGAAUACGAGCUGCGUGGUAUAGUCGGGCCUUUUUACUCGUGUUCCCUUGAAACUCCGAUCCAAAUUGCUGCCAAAAACGAUAAUUCUCAGAUUGUACAGAUACUAUUAGAACAUGGAGCCUCAGCAAUUGUCUAUCCCUACCCCCCUUUUGGAACCACUUUUUUUGAUAGCCUGGACAUCUUGAGAGACACGCAACUUUAUGAGUAUCACAAUAACGUUUCAACUGCAAUCCAAUACGCAGCUGAGAAUCAAAACUUUGGCCUUGUCGCUCAGUUCCUCUCUGUCGGAGUCGAUCCUGAUUCCAGAACUUUUACGGGUUACGGGGAUACCGCGCUUCAGAUAUCAGCCAAGCUGGGGAACGAAGAAAUUGUUUCGCUAUUACUAAUGAAUGGAGCUGACGUGAACGCCCCCCCUGCUACAUUCAUUGGCCGAACAGCUAUCCAGGCAUGUGCGGAAAGUGGAAGUAUUCCUAUUGCCCUGGCUUUGUUGCAGCAAGGCGCUAGCCUGAAUGCGCCUGCCUGUUAUACAGGAGGAAUGACUGCGCUACAGGCUGCUUUAAGCAGAGGUCAUAGGCAUAUGUUUGAAUUUCUGUAUGCCAAUGGUGCUGAUCUACACGCCCCCCCAGCGCUUGAGAGAGGCCUUACCGCUGUAGAAGCGGUGGCAGAUGGCGGUCAUACUGAAUUGCUGAAAUACCUUAUAGGCCUGGGGGCGAAUGUGAAUGCGCCAGGAUCUAAAUACAGAGGUAGGACUGCUCUUCAAGCUGCCAUACGCCAUAGGGACCUUUCGAUGAUGGCAAUCCUCAUCCAAAAUGAUGCAGAUGUGAAUGCUCCAGCUUCUUCCGUUUGUGGGACUCCUCUUCAGGAAGCUUCUAAGGCUGACUGGCCGGAUGGGGUAAAAUAUCUUUUACAACAUGGCGCCAAUAUUGACGACUAUUAUCAUUUGGAGAGUUCGUUAAGCUGGGCCAUCCGUCACAGGAAUAGAGAAUUGGUGGAGCUGUUCUUGGAAAACAAAACCCCCAUUUACAUUGGGUAUGCUCUUUGGGACGCAGUACGUAAGGAUGGUGUGCAUGAGAUAAUCGAUCUCCUUCUGGAAACAGACGGCAUACUCGAUAUUAUCAACGGCAGAUCGCCUUUUGCACAGGCUUUAUAUCAUCUUAAGGAGGAUAAUGAGAUUACGCAGUUGAUCCUUGAUAGGAUACUGACUCUUCCGAAGCCUUUGCGGGACGAACACAUCCGGCAGGCAUGGGAUUGUCUUCCACUUGAUCAUGAAUCAGAGAACGAGGGAUCACGUUUAUUUGAAUCUUUUCUGGAGAUAGAUGCCGAUAUCAACUGGCACCACAAGGAACACAAAACGACAUUUUUGCAGCGUAUUAUGAAAUACAAAUGGGGGACCUGUAUUCCUAUUUCUGUUCUUCUUGAUAAAGGCGCGUCAGUACACAUCCCCGCUACGUCAGGAGCAGGAACACCUCUUCAGGAAGCGAUAUUGUCGGACAAUAUGGACACCAUAAAUCUCAUUUUGGAACGUAACCCGGAUGUGAAUGCGCCUCCCGCGGAAUACUUCGGAGCGACUGCCCUUCAGGCAGCUGCAAUGAAGGGCUUCAUUCAGGUAGCCAUUACACUUCUACAGCGUGGAGCAGACGUUGCAGCACCAGCAGCACCAAUUGAGGGACGGACAGCGAUCGUUGGCGCUGCAGAGAAUGGGCGAUGGGAUAUGCUGCAAUUGCUUUUGAAUGUCUAUCAAGGACCGGAGGAUCUAAGAGCUGUCUGCACGAGCGCGGCGGGCUACGCGCAGAAAGAAGGCCACAUUGAAAUUGCUGAGUGGCUGAGAGCAUACCCUGGUGCUUGAAUUCUCUAUUCCUGAGACUGAAUCACCGCAGCCGAUAUUCCAAGAAAUCCCAGUUAUCCAGAGGUUACACAACGUGAGACAUGUUGGAAGAUGAAGUUACCUCUAUCAAAGUUAGAAUUUUACCUUACAAAUUACACAGAUAUAUCAUCUCGAUGUAGAGAUGUUGGAGGAGAAUAUUUCAACUGUCAGGCCGG